CUUGGCUAAAAAAUAUCUUCUUGUUCCAAUCGCCCUGAUAUUUAUAUAAAAACCACGCGCUCACUUUUUUCUUUUCAGUCUUUACUUCUCGCGAUAUUUUUCGCCGCCGGCAAGAGAUUAUUGUAGCGUAAAGACACAGCAAUGGCGCCGCCGGCGAUUGAAGGUGGCGGAAGAGAACAGCCGCCCCCUGCGCAGCAGCAGCGGCAGCAGGGAGGAGUUGGACAGAUGCUGACGGGGAUAAUAAGAGUAGCGGUUUUCUGGUACUUCGCUUCCAAGUUUUUCUCGCCGAAAAAGCCAAUCUCCUCCGAUCCGUCUGUUCCUAAUCUCCAGAUCUCCAAUCUCUUCCACAAAGGCGAACCUUUGGUCCGUCCUCCUCCUCUCUCUCUCUCUUUAAUAGUAUUUCUACUUACUAGUAUUCAUCUGGUUGUAUAUUUUAACUGUGAUACUAGGUUAUUAUCUGAUAAUUACCUAAUAGGUGACCUGAGCAAUUNAGUUUGGGGACCAGAAAGUACCAGGUCUAUUUCUUUGAAGUAUAAUCCAUCCGAGGCAGUGAGGCAUAAUGGGAGUCUAUAUGCUCAUGUUUUCUUUGCACGUUCUGGGUAUUCACCCGAUCCAAAUGAUCCCGAGUAUCAUCCAUUGGCUGCUUUUGGACAGACAUAUCCUGUUGUGAAAUAUUUACCCAAAUCUAAAGCAGACAAGAAGAAGAGCCUUUUAAAAAAUUCUGAGGACUCAAAUGAGGGUCUUACCAUUCCUGAGGCAGUUCAAGAAGCCCAAGAUGAUCUUAAGGAGGAUGCUCCUGUUGAGUGGAUUUCAUAUUGGAAACCUAAUGUUACAAUCAACUUGGUCGAUGAUUUUACAAGAUACACUGGAAAUGCGAUUCCACCUAUUGUUGCUCCUUACAUGAAUAUCGAAUCCACAACAGGAAACUACUAUCCGACCAUUUUCUUCAAUGAGUUUUGGUUACUUAGGGAUAAAUUAAUACCUCUCAAUGAAUCAGUAACUGAGGUGCCUCUGCAUUUAGAGGUGAGCCCCAUGAGCAUGACAAAAUGGCAGCUAUUCCUCCAGAUUGACCAAUCCUUCCAGGUUCAUCGUAGUUAUGGUAGCAUGCUCGAGGGAGAGUCUGAUGAACUAAAGAGAGUUUUUUUGGAAGGAAAUCCUUACCUUUUGGGGGUGACCAUGAUGGUCUCACUACUGCAUUCAGUAUUUGACUUCUUGGCGUUCAAGAAUGAUAUUCAAUUUUGGAAUAAAAACAAAUCCAUGGAAGGGUUGUCUGCAAAAUCAGUCAUCGUGAACUUUAUUUGCCAGCUCAUUGUCUUCCUGUACUUGCUUGAUAAUGAUACUUCAUGGAUGAUACUUGCAAGUUCUGGUAUUGGUUGCUGUAUAGAGUUCUGGAAAAUAGGGAAGGCGAUGCACAUUGAGAUUGACAGAUCUGGUAGAAUACCUAUGUUGAGGUUCCGAGAUCGGGAAUCGUAUGCUGGAAAUAAGACGAAAGAAUAUGAUGAUCUUGCCAUGAAGUAUUUGUCCUAUGUGUUGUUCUUCCUUGUCGUGUGCUUUUCCAUAUACUCUUUAAUGUAUGAACGUCACAAGAGUUGGUACUCGUGGAUCCUCUCAUCCAUGACAAGCUGUGUCUAUAUGUUCGGUUUUGUUAUGAUGUGUCCCCAGUUGUUCAUCAAUUAUAAGCUGAAGUCUGUUGCUCAUUUACCUUGGAGGCAGAUGACUUACAAAUUUCUCAAUACUAUUAUUGAUGAUUUGUUUGCAUUUGUAAUAAAAAUGCCAUUGCUACAUCGCCUGUCUGUGUUCCGUGAUGAUCUUAUAUUUUUAAUUUACCUAUAUCAGAGAUGGGUUUAUCCAGUGGAUAAGAAACGAGUGAAUGAGUUUGGUUUCGCUGGGGAGGAUACGGAUCAAGCUUCUAGUAGUUCAGAAACUUUAGCACUGAAAGAAGACGAAAAGAAAACUAACUAAUCUGAAUUUUGCUUACGUUUUACUACUACACCAUCAAGGAACUAUGGAGUUUGGUUUUGGAAUGUUCUCAGAAAUGAGUAGCUUCAUCGAGAAUCUGAAAUGACAGACAGCGGCUUGAGACGUAAUUCUGGCACUUCCAGGACAGUAAGCUUCCCGUGACUUUCCUUAAGAUCCUAUUCGUACGUUUUUUUGAAGCCAUAGUACCAGAAUCUAUUGUCAUAGGUUUUUUGAGUUUGUUUUUCUUUUAUUGCUGUUAGAAUCAUAUGUUCGGGUGUGACUAAGAUAACUGCUUAGUGUCUUUAAUUUACUUGAUACUUUUGACAAUCUUCAUUCAGAAAAUUUUCAAAUAGCAGUCUUGCAUA